UGGGCUUCAACUCCAGAGCCCCUACGGGCUGGCAAGGCUACUGCUGAGCCCAAGCCACUCCUCACCUGGACAGGAUGAGAGUAUCAGGACUGUUUCGUUUCCUGUCCUUCAUCUUUGUCCUGAUUAUCUCAUUGAUCUUAAUCCACAACUACAGCUACAUCAGCAGGAAAGCCAUCCGUCUGCCCCGCUGGCUAGGUCAAAGGCCCACGGAGAUCCGGGUCAUGAAGACCAAGUGUAACCUCAGUAAGUCCUGCCCUGCCAACUUCUUUGCAUUUAAAAUCUUCAGUGGGGCUGCCAACGUCGUGGGCCCCUCCAUAUGCUUCGAAGACCACAUGAUCAUGAGUCCUGUGAAGGACAACGUGGGCAGAGGCCUGAACAUCGCCCUGGUGAACGGAACCACGGGGACGGUGCUGAGACAGGACUUUUUCGACAUGUACUCUGGAGAUCCUACGCUCCUGGUGAAAUUCCUUAAAGAAAUUCCAGAGGAAGCGCUGGUGCUAGUGGCCUCCUUCGAUGACCCGGGGACCAAAAUGACUGAUGAAAUCAGGGAGCUCUUCUCCAACUUGGGCAGUUCCUACGCGAAGAAGCUGGGCUUCCGGGACAGCUGGGUCUUCUUAGGGGCCAGAGACAUCAAGAGUAAAAGCCCCUUUGAGCAGUUCUUGAAGAACACCCCCAGCAAGAACAAAUACGAGGGCUGGCCGGAGCUGCUGGAGCUGGAGGGCUGCGUGCCCCGGAAGGUGUUUUAG